UCAAGAUGUAAAAUAUUAUUCUACAAUCUCAUUGGGUUGCCAGUGUUACCAUAAUAAUGGUAAAUUUUACAUUAACAGUUUUUUUUUUUAUUAUGAUUACAGAGAUUACGCCCAAACUGAUCGACGAUAACAAAAAGUCAGUAUUCCGACUAUUCCCGAUUCCGCCGUAUUCGCCAUUCGGCUUUCGGCAAUCGCCAUUUGAGUAUUCAACAUAGGUAUAUUCAGCAAUCGCUUAGAAUGCUUUCUAUUUAUUACUAUUCAAGUAUGUAUUAAGUUGCAAGCGCUAGCUAUUUAAAUUAUAAUUUUUAUGUYUUGUUUAAUUAAAUUUAGUGUUGCGAUUUUAGUAAAUAAUGAGUAUUACGUAGUUUAUAAAUAUUUUAAAGUAAAAACUAGUUUCAUGUAGUUUCAAGUGACUUCUUACAAUUGUUGUAACAAAAAUUAAGAAAAAAUGACAACAGUAGAUUUUACAGCUGUACCAAACACAUCGGCAAAUGAGAUUCAAGAAAACGUUACUACACAUAACAUUCUAGUACUAACAAUAAUAACUCAUUACAUAAGAGACUAUGCAAAGAGAUUUCCAAAACCUAUUGACAAGCCAUUAGAUGGUGUGCAAACCUCAAAGUUCCAUCGUACAUUUAGUAUGCUUGCCUUACACUUAAUUCAAUGCCCUGAUCUUACGUUUGGCGAAUUAAUCAAUUUAAUAUCAUGUGGAAAAUACCAACUACCUCAAACCUUCAUUGAAACGUUUCACUUAGAAGUAUUUCAUAUGAUUAAUACUAAUCUGAAUAUUAUAGCAGAAAUGUUCAAAAAUUUAGAUGGUACAUCACUUGACAACGGAUUACCUAAAGUACAUCAAAUUAAAAUUGUUAAUGGCAGUAGUCCCGUUGGCAUAUUUUUACGGCGUAUAAUGCUAUUUUUCAAUAAAAUGCAGUUUUUACAGACUGAAGCCGUUAUAAAGGAAGUAAAAACCCAUUGCAGUCCAAUACUGAAUAAAAUUCMAGGACUCUCAACUAGCAAAGUAGGAUCAAAUGACAAAGAAGAACUUAGUCCAGAAGCUGUAGAAAUGAUAAAAAUAAAUAAGAMAAUUAAUGAAAUUAUUGAAAUGAUAAACAUAAAUUAUCAAGCAAGUUAUAAUCAAAAUAGUAAGUAUAACAAAGCUCGUUCCUGGUCUCCGCGACAAGUAGAACUGUUUAUUGCACAACAAGUUAAACUAUUGAAAAUUAAUGAAUCUGUUGCCCUUGAUCCUCCAACUCUACAACAAAAACUAAAAGACAUUCUGCGAGCCAAUCCUGACCAUUUUGACGUACAUUAUUUAAGUUAUCUAAAUUGUUUAAGGGUGAAAGAAUAUUGUGGAGCAGUAAAUAGUGUACAACACUAUUUUAGUCGACAGACUUUUAGGGUUAUAAACAUAGAUGAAAAAAGUAGAGGUUAUCAAUACACAUCCCUCAAUAUGGCCAUAUUGAAUGCAUUUUUCAAUCAUAACGAAGAAGCUAUUAGUUAUUUAAAAGAAAGUAUAGCAAUGGCUCAUCAAGUAAAUGAUCAUGUUUGUUUACAGSAUGCACUCAUGUGGAUGUACACAUUGAGUAAAAAGAACAAAUCAACUAUGUUGAGAUGUUCUGUAACUAGAAGCAAAGAGUUAGAACUGCAUCAGAUUACUUCAUUUAGCUUACAAUCUAUGGCUCAAUAUUUAGUUGAAAAUUCUGAAACUCCAGCAAUAAUAUUUGAAAUAUUAAAGAAAAGUGAAAUAUAUAAUUAUUUCAAUGGUUUAACUGAUCUGCGGAUGACAAACAAUGUACAAAAAGCCGCGAUUUGGAAUACAUAUGGUUAUCAACGUAUAUCAACAAUACAUUCUUUAUUAGUCUUAGAACACGAUCAAUGUAACAAGGAUGUUUAUAAUAUAGAGAGUAAAUGUAUAGCUAUGUGCAAUAUCAUUAAUGAUUUGAUAGCUCACGGUGAUUAUUACCUUGCUCCCAUAUUAAUUAAUGAAGUUUCCCAUAUUUUUCCAUACACUCAUUGUAAAUUUUGGAUAAUGGCUGAACAGUAUUUAAAUUUYACAUUAGCUAUGAAUAGGGAAGAAUGGCCUAAAGCAGAAUUGGCAGCUAAACAAAUGGCUUCUGUUAAUGUAACAGAAAGUGCAUUACGAUUAGGAGAGAUGUAUUUGAAAAAAGAAGACUUUGUGGCUGCAACUAAUAUGGUAAAAGAGUUAAUGGAGAAAAACGAAGAAAACACAGUAUUAACUAGAUUGCGGGCAUACUUAAUUGUCGCCAAAGCAAAUGAAAGUGCAGCAUUAAAUCUACUCAUGGAUGCAAAAUUGAUAGCUAUUGAAUAUCAUUUAAUGUAUAUGACUGCAAUCAUUAAUGUUGAAAUAGCAAUUGUUUUAAUGAAAUAUGAUUUUCCUCAUAAAGCAUUGAGAUUAUUACAAGAGACAAAACAACAUAUUUAUUGUGGCAUAAAUGUUUAUGAUAAGGCAUAUACAGAUUUACAAAUUAUUAAAGCAAAGAUGAUGGCUAACAUAGUUGAUGAGUUUGAUCACUGUCCAGAGUUUUUAAAUAAAAUUUAUAAUAAACUAAAUAAAAUUGCAGAGAAAUUUCGAUCAAUAGAAGCAAUAACAGAGUUAAAAGAAAUAACUUAUUUACAAGCACUAAUAGCAGACGAAUUGGGUAUGAAACAAAACCGAAACAAGCAUGCAAUGGAAUUUAGACACUUGGAAGAACACAAAGUUCAACAGUAAUGAAUGGUACAAUACAAAAUAAUUAAACAUAUUCAUAUAUUGUUUUUAUGCUAAAUUACAAUAUUGUAUUGAAUUUGUAAUAAUAUAAUAAAUUGUAAGUUGUAACUAMGAAAUGUGAACUGUUAUUUUACAUUGAAACUAAAUAAAACCAUUUUAUUUGUCUAUUAAUUAACUUAGUAUACAAGUACUCAACAAAGCCUCAAUUUUUAAUACUAUGUAUAAAACAUAGAUUUACUAAACAAAGUUAAGUAGAUUGGCAUUCCGYUUUUAAAAAUAGUAGAAAAAAUGUAUAAUUGUAAAUAUAUACACAUAUUAUUUGGUUAUAUCUAGAGAGUGAAUUUAAAUGUUCUAAAAAAA